AUGGAGCCCCCGUGUCUGCAAGUGGAGCUCGAGGAAAGUGCUCAUGCAACUCUAGAUCGCUGUAUAGCGGCGCGCCCUGCAAAUGCGACUCGAGCGUACGCAUCGAAACAGCGAGAAGAUAAGUCAUGGUGUGGCCGUAAGGGCUUCACGAAGCCACGCGCUACCAAGUGA